GAAAUCCGCCCAACUUCUGCAGUGUGACUCGUCUGAAGCUUAGGAGCUCUUUUUAGAUUGAAGCACCAACAGAAUGAGACAGUGCUGGCCAGAAAAUGGGGGACACGCUGGAGAAGAGCUCUGAGGAGCCCGAGAUCUCCUUGGACAAUGAGUGUUCAAGGAAAAUGGGGGACCUAGUGGAAGUCUCAAGUGGUGAAAAGGUCAAGUUUGAUGAUACAGGUCUCUCCCUGGUGCUCCAGAAUGGCCUGGAGAACCUUCGGCUUGAAAAUUCCCUUACGGAUGUCAUCCUGUGUGUGGACAGCAGGGAAUUCUCCUGUCACCGAGUGGUCCUUGCGGCAGCAAGCAAUUAUUUCAGGGCCAUGUUCUGCAAUGAUUUAAGAGAGAAAUAUGAAGAAAAGAUCAUACUUAAAGGAGUUGAUGCAGAAACCAUGAAUAUACUCUUGGACUACACCUACACCAGCAAGAUGCUCAUCACAAAGCAAAAUGUACAGAAAGUCUUGGAAGCUGCCAGCCUCUUUCAGUUCCUUCGCAUGGUGGAUGCUUGUGCCAGUUUUCUUACAGAGGCCCUCCAGCCGGAGAACUGUGUUGGCAUCCUGAGGUUGGCUGAUGCCCACUCCCUGCACAGCCUGAAGCAGCAAGUGCAGAACUACAUUAUCCAGAACUUCACCCAGGUCCUGAACUACGAGGAGUUCCUGGAGCUGCCGGCCGACAUCCUCUGCAGCACGCUGAAGAGUGAUGACCUCUAUGUCACAGAAGAGGCCCAAGUGUUCGAAACUGUAAUGAACUGGGUUCGUUACAAGGAGUCAGAAAGGUUUCCUCUCCUGCCCUAUGUGCUGGAGAACGUCCGGCUGCCCCUCUUGGACCCCUGGUAUUUCGUAGAGACUGUUGAAGCUGAUCAACUCAUCAGACAGUGUCCAGAUGUCUUUCCUUUGCUCCAGGAAGCAAGAAUGUACCAUCUGUCAGGCAAUGAGAUUAUUACAGAAAGAACCAAGCCCAGGAUGCACGAGUUCCAGUCUGAGGUGUUUAUGAUCAUAGGGGGCUGUACAAAAGAUGAGAAGUUUGUAGCAGAAGUGACUUGCCUGGAUCCUUUGAGGCGAAGCCGCCUGGAAGUAGCCAAAUUACCAACCACAGAGCAGGAGACGGAGAAUGAGACUAAGAAAUGGGUGGAGUUUGCAUGCAUUACGCUAAAAAAUGAAGUCUACAUAUCGGGUGGCAAAGAAACAAAACAUGAUGUCUGGAAAUACAACGCCUCCAUCAACAAAUGGAUACAAAUUGAGUAUCUAAACAUUGGGCGAUGGAGGCAUAAAAUGGCUGUGUUGGGUGGCAAAGUCUAUGUCAUUGGUGGGUUUGAUGGCAUGCAGAGAAUCAACAGUAUGGAAGCAUACGAUCCCUUUCAUAACUGCUGGUCGGAGGCUGCUCCUCUCAUGGUCAAUGUAAGCUCCUUUGCAGCAGCGAGCUACAAGAAGAAACUGUACGUGAUUGGGGGAGGACCCAAUGGGAAGCUGGCGACGGACAAGACUCAGUGCUAUGACCCUGCAACCAACAUGUGGAGCCUGAAAGCUGCCAUGCCAGUAGAAGCCAAAUGCAUCAAUGCUGCAAGUUUCCGGGACCACAUUUAUGUUGUGGGUGGGGCAAUGAAAGCACUCUACUCCUACAGCCCCCAGGAAGACACAUGGUGCCUGGUCACUCAGUUCACCCAUGAGAGAGCCAGCUGUGGGAUUUCUCCUUGCAACAACAAGCUGUUUAUCACUGGGGGCCGAGACGAAAAGAACGAAGUCAUUGCGACAGUGCUGUGCUGGGACCCUGAAACUCAGAAGCUGACUGAGGAGUGUGUCCUGCCUCGGGGGGUGUCUCAUCACGGGAGUGUUACCCUCAGGAAGUCUUACACGCACCGUAGGAUUGUGCCCGGGGCAGUUUCUGUCUGACCGCAGGAGAACUGUGAAGGAACCCAAUACCUCCAAUGCCCCUGUGGCACAGACUGCAAUGAUGUGUUUUUUUAGCUUCAGGUAGCAAUGUGUAGAAAUAGUGUCACUGGGGUCCUGUGGGGAGUAUGUGUAUAUGUGCUCAGUCCUUGCAUUUCCUCUGUACAGUAUAUCCUUAAAUUAUCUCCAUUCCUUCCCCCCACAGAAAAACAAAGGGACCAGCUGUAGUUUACUCCUGCCAACACAAUACCUCCAAUCAGGCAAAGAAAUGUGACGUGUAGCUGGGAAAUUUAAUUCCCAGCUCUGUCUGU